CCGCCGUUCCCCUCGUCCCGCCCUGCCAAGGGCGCUGAGGGGACCGGCUCGGGACCGCCCCGCUUCUCCCGCCGGGGAGCCGGCGUGCCGGCACGGCUGUGGUUACUUGGUUACUUCGUUCACCCGGGCAGUAGCGUGAGGCCCGGGGUUCCCUUGCCCCAUCCCCUCAGAAGGCUCCGGGCUGGGCCUGGACACCUCUCGAAGUUCCCAGUCGUGUGGGGAGCGGUGGGGACCCGUUGCGGUCCAGCAGGGCCACGGCACAGGAUCGGACUGCUGCUUGACGCAGCUCCGGUGAACGCCAGAAAGUUUUCUUGUAACUGGGUUGUACCAAACUCCCCGGGUGGAUGCGGUCACAUGUGACCCUGACUGCUGGAGAACAAUUGAAAUGCUGAUAGCAGGCGAACAUUCAGAGGAAGAGGGUAAGCUCCGUAAGCAAGGAAAAUACCCUCUGUAAAUACAUGAAAACUUCUAGUGAAAUCACACAAAAAAAUGUUUGUACAGUGUCAAAAAAAGAAGAAAAACUUUUAGAAAAGAUCAGACUUAUAAUUUAUGAACGGAUGGAUAUUUUAAAUAAUGACUUCUUUAAUCAAAAACUAGAAAGUUUAAAUAGAAGACUUUUACAAGUGCAGUGCAAAAAAAACCAUGGAGAAAUAGCUAUGACGUUCCUAAGGAAACUAUCAAAACUUGAGAGACGUAUUAAUGCUGUGAUAAUAUUUCAGGAGGAAGCAUUGUCAAACAUAGCUGUUCAUCAGAUAAUGCUUCCAAGUGCAGACUAUCAAAAUGGGAUACUAAACCAUCUUGGACACUCUGCUUUCUUUCCUAAUAUCAUAAAUACACAAGAAAGUUCCUCAAAUACAUUUUUGCUGUCGUCUCAUACUGAUUUCACUUCAGCAAGUGUUUCAGAAUAUAAAAGUUAUGAUGAAGUCAGACUGAUCUCUGUGGAAAGACGAAACUCAGCAACUACAAAUAAUUCAGUGAUUGUACAUUACCAAAUACCCACACAAGAAGAAAUGACAGGAAAAGUUCAGAGUGAAGUGAAGGGAGGAAAACUCAAAGUGAUGGGUAUAAUUCAAGAAGAAAGCCACAACUGUAGCAAAGACUUUCAAGCAGUUUCCACAUCUACCUCCACUGCCAAGGAUCCCUCCUUCUCCAGAGCUUGCUGAAAACCAGUAAAACUGCUCCUCCUCAGAAUCCUGAAACUAGAAGAGGCCUAUGUGCAACCGCUGUCAUGGUCACUUAUGGAAAUUGAUCCAAAGUGUGCUCCCCUACCCAGUUAUAAUUUGUGUCUUCUCCACAAAAACCUCAAUAGUAGUUCUGCAUCACGUUGGAAGAAAACAGGCAAAACAAGGGCUUUGCCACUUCCAGUGGCUUGCUCACAGGUUAUCACCCAAAGAAGUACUAAUUUGUCAUUCGAUUAAAAAAAAAAAUGUGGAGAUUACAAAUCAUUCUGUGGUAAUCUAUAACUCCUCUCUAUUAGUCCCGGACUACCUUAUGAACUGGUCUUCUAUUGUUCCAGUAUUAAAUACUAUAUUCUUACUUGCAGUGAGUUUUGAGUCUUGUGAGGCCAAAAAUGUCAAGGUGGAUUCGCAACUGCUAGGUAAUAAUCUAAUAGUUUGGAUUUUCCCUUUUGUUCACUAUGAUUAGAAUGCUGAAAGUUUUAUGAGGUUUGGGAAAUUGUUUCUGUGGAGUUGCGGGGAGGGAAGCAGGGUUUGCUUUAGAACAAUCUGUAGAAACCCAUCUCUACUUCUGUCAUUUCAGUGCAAACCCGAAGCUUGGACUGCAGCAGAUACGGAAGCACUGGCUUGUUUCUAACAUCUCUCACAUAGUCAAGGCACUCAGAAUAAGCUUAAAUGCACAGCUGUUUCUGCAAAUGAGGAAAAGAGAGUUUACAAGUAAUCUCCCUACCACAGCAUGUGUGGAUGUUGCAUUAUUCAAUAGCUAUUCUUGUGGGACCAUGCAUUUACAUGGUUCAAUACACUAAUGUUUUCUCUGUUUACCCUGAAAGGCCUUCAACAAAGGACAAAAAUAACCAGCUUGUGGUUCUAGUACAGGCAGGAAGAAUUUAAUUUUACCUGUUCACACAAAUACUCAACUAUUUCUCAUCCAGCAUUGUGUAAAUAUAUCCCAAGCUUAAAAACAAGGUCAAACUGCUAAACGUAUCUAGCUUGCUAUUACAGUACAAUAAUUUGUUUUAACUUUAUUUUCAUGUACAGCUUCAGAAUAUAUAGAGCAUAGAAAACUAUAUUUUAAAGGCAUAUCAGGUAGAAAGAAUAUCCUGAAGUAUAUUUAUCCUGUUAAGACUCUAGUCCGAGCUUUUUGGCAUUUUCUUGGUACUCAGAACAUUCACAUCUGUUCUAUGUGGAAUCACGUAUAUGCUGCUGUUCGUAUGCUACAGUGAGCGUGGUUUUCAUUUCUAACUAAAGGGACUGCACUUUUACUGUUGAAGCUGAGUUCAGGUAUAUAUACACCUUUAUUUUAAAUAUUCACUCUAUAAAUGACCUAAGCAUUAUCAAGGCAACAAACUGAAGAAGCAUCUCUUCAAGUCAAUGUCAUAUUAGCUUAACUUAUAGUUUUAUAGAACUAUAUUCUAGAUACAAAAGUUUUAAUCCCUAUUUGCUUUAGAAUUUUUGUCGUACUAUUUCAUGUUUGAAUAAGACUAGCAAAAUGUCUAGCUUAUACUCUAUCUACUCUUAGCCUUAAACCUACAUCUGUUUAUUUAAAACAAAUUCUGCUUGCUAGCAAAAUUCAGGCUUUGAAUCUGAAAUGUAUUCAGCAAACUGUAGAAACACUUUUUAAAAAAGUAGGGUAGUAAUGCUUGAAAUUCAGAGUGUUCACACUAAGAGGGAAAGAAAAACUGACAAAAUACUAGUGUCAUGCUAGACUGGUGAGAACGCAUUUUGCUCAGACUGAUUUAUUGCAUUUUUUUUAAACUACUAUUACUUUUAUUUGCUCUUCUACUUACUGGUCUAAUUCCUUACCAGUCUUGUUGGGCUUUCUUUGCUCCCUAAGAUAAGUAUUACAUGUCAAAGCAUUUUAGGCUGUUCAAGGAAUAGAGAUGGAACGAUAUGACCUAUUAGUCGUGUUGGAGACCAUUCCUAUACUGGUUCAGUUUUGUACCUGAACUUUUACUCUAUGAGAAAUCAAGGAUGAAUUAUCUACAGGAAUGGGUUAGACCAUCAGCUGAUGUAUAACAGGGUAAGUUAUCAACUUUAAUAGAGCUACGCUAUUUUGUAAUAGCAACUUUAUUCUGUAUUAAGUGUAAAACCUCAUUCAAAACCUAUUUAUUUUUUAUUGCCUAUGUAUUGGGCCAGCUGUAGAGAACAUACUGAAGUAAAUACAUGGUUAGUGGUUUUACAAAGUCAAAUCUGUAUUUAAACAUCAAAGCUGUGACUAACCAGAAAAAAACACUUCAUUCAUUCUCCACCUUGGUCUCCAAACUCUGAAAUCACCAUCAGCCAAAGCUAGUAUUAUACUGCUGAACAGUUAAGCCUGGUAUUACAGUAGAGAUUUCUCUCACAAAGUUAUUGAGAAGUAAAAAUCACCAAGUCGUUUUAUUUUGAAAAACUAUCCUGGAACUCAUAAACAAAACUAUUACACUGAUUUCUUUACUUUUCAAGUAAAAUCCACAAAAGAAUUUAGAAUUAAAUUUGUAAAGGCCAAUUUCUUAGUGGGCAGACUCAGGGAAGGCUUUUGUAAAUGAUAUAUUAGCCAGGAAAUUACUAUCUAACCAAAGCCCAGUGUAAUAAACAUGUUGAGUUCGGCCGUUUUUUCUUUUUUUUUUUUU